AAGCAAGACGGCGUUAUCUCCCCUCCAUCCCCCACGCCGCUGCGCUCGGUCGCUAGAAGAGAGGAUUCGCGUCGCGCUCGCUGAAUGGCCGAUUGAAUAUUGAUCAUGGGGGCAUUUUUGGACAAACCAAAAACAGAGAAACACAAUGCUCAUGGCGCGGGAAAUGGAUUGCAGUAUGGACUUAGCAGCAUGCAGGGCUGGCGAGUUGAGAUGGAGGAUGCUCACACGGCCGUUGUGGGUAUCCCUCACGGCUUAGAAGACUGGUCCUUUUUUGCGGUUUAUGAUGGCCACGCAGGGUCUCGUGUUGCAAAUUACUGCUCGUCACACUUGUUAGAGCAUAUCACGGAUAACGAAGAGUUCAGGGCAGCAGAAACUGCAGGAUCCACUCUGGAGCCCUCUGUAGAAAAUGUUAAAAGUGGCAUUCGAACUGGAUUUUUAAAAAUCGACGAGUACAUGCGCAACUUUGCAGAUUUAAGGAAUGGUAUGGACAGAAGUGGCUCUACUGCGGUGGCAGUUCUCAUUUCACCAAACCACAUUUAUUUUAUCAACUGCGGUGAUUCUAGGUCUGUAUUGUAUAGGAGUGGACAAGUUUGUUUUUCCACACAGGAUCACAAACCUUGCAAUCCGAGGGAGAAGGAGAGGAUCCAGAAUGCUGGAGGCAGUGUCAUGAUCCAGCGUGUCAAUGGAUCCUUAGCAGUCUCUCGAGCUCUUGGGGACUAUGACUACAAAUGUGUUGAUGGCAAGGGUCCUACUGAACAGUUGGUCUCUCCUGAGCCUGAGGUUUAUGAAAUUCUAAGAGCAGAAGAUGAUGAGUUUAUAAUACUAGCUUGUGAUGGCAUUUGGGAUGUCAUGACCAACGAAGAGCUUUCUGAAUUUGUCAAGUAUAGGCUUGAGCUAACUGAUGACCUUGAGAAAGUGUGUAAUUCUGUAGUGGACACCUGUUUACAUAAGGGAAGUCGUGAUAACAUGAGCAUUGUGCUAGUUUGUUUUCCAAAUGCCCCAAAAGUUUCCGAAGAAGCCAUCAAGAAAGAUGCAGAGCUGGAUAAGCAUUUAGAAUCAAGAAUUGAAGAAAUCAUGACUACUGCUGGGGAGGAAGGAAUGCCAGAUCUUGCUCAUGUAAUGCGCAUCUUAUCUGCUGAAAACAUCCCACAUUUACCGCCUGGAGGCGGUUUAGCUGGAAAACGCAGUGUUAUCGAAGAUGUUUAUAAUAGGUUGAAUCCACAUAGAGAGAGUGAUGGGGGUGCUGGUGAUCUAGAAGACCCAUGGUAGCCUUUCAAAACUCCUAAUAAGUUUUUGGUCUGGAAUAAAUGGGGAAAAAACUUAAAUCACGGAUCUCUUCAAACUAAGGAAGAGAUUCUGGUGGAGCAUCAGCUAUGUACAAAAUGGGCAAAACAAGAAAUGAUUAGUAUUUUGCACCAUUUAUUGGUUUGUUUUAUAACAUUGUCACACUUAGCAGUAUUUUUGCCAGCCUCAGGAUUUCUGGUCACGUACAGCAGCAUUACUCCUUAACACUUAAACUGGAGGGCCUUGCAGUGCAUUGUCUUGCAGGCACCUUUGGUGCUAAAGAGCUUAGGAAGAAAUUUGAUGCCUCAUGCAGUUUAUUAGAUGUAUUGAGGUGCAUGCAGUUGUACUUGCAAUGGUACAGCACUUCUGAACUAAACUCUCUCUCCACACGCAUGUAAAAACACUUAAUUGUAUGAGACAUUACUUGUAUGUUUUGGGGUUUUUGUUUCUCUUUCCAUUUUUGGAAGGCUUUGGUUGUUUCACUGGGUUAAUGGUUAUAUUAAGGGAUAUGCGUUCUAUUCCUCCAGUUUCCAAACCAUAAAGGAAUAUUUAAUUGUUUAGUGCAGUCUCAACCCAGCAACUGGAGUUCCACAAGCUGCCUACUUCUAGUCUAUACUAUAUCCCUUAAAGUAAGCUUAAUUACUCCAUACUUCCAAUUUUUUUAUAGGUUUUUUUUUUGUCCAUUCUAGAUAACUGCUGCAGUUUUUGUGUACCUUUUUUUUUUUUUUUUCAAACCCCUACAAACCUAGCCUCCUUUUUAUAAUGUAAAUUGUGAUUUUGUUCAAGUGUUUUUCUAGUUUUCUGAUUUGUGUAAAAUGGUAGCAUUGUGUAAUGUUCUUUUAAUUAUUUUGCAUUAUUUUCAGAACUCAACUUACCAAUUUGAAAUUACUAUAUAUGUAUAUAUAUACUACUAAAUAUUCUAUUUUAAAACUUAGCAAAUAAUACAGAGAUAUUUUCAUGGGUUCUGUGACCUUUUUCAUUUUAUAAGCAAUGGGCAUGGUACAAGAGUGGCUGUCGUGAGGUACUUGAAGAUUGUCUAAUUCUAUUUUUGCAAUAACCUUGAUUUAUAAUUUUUUGUUAUUUUUUUAAAGUUGUGCAUGUCAAAUACUGUUAUGCUAAAAUGGAGCUAGAAAGUAUUUAUCUAUAAAGCUAUUGGAGGGGCAACAAGGAAUGUAUAAAUUGAUUUACAUGCUGUGGAUGCCUUGUGAAAAUUCUGCUGUUUUUAAUCUGUUUCCGCAAGAAUGUUUGUUACAUUUUUGUGUCGUUUUUGAAUUGAUGGCGGUCAUUUUUUUUUCUCUUCCUUUAAUUUCUCUCUUGAAAUGAAAGUGGUUUCCCCCCCCCCCCCCCCCCCCCUGUAACUAUUUUUCCUUUCUGAUUCUGAAAACCUACUUACAUACUGGUACAUAGAUCACCUAUCCCAAUUACAUGGUUAAUUUCCAAUCUAAUUUUUAUUUUGUCUUGUGUGUUUUAUUGUCUAAGGAUUAUUGCUACCAUAUUUUAUUUAUUCAUUAGAUUUUUAGGUUUGUAAAGUGUUAUCCAUGAUAAUGCAAACCUCUACUUGUCCAUUGGCCGGGCUACUUGGGUUUUCUCUCCUCUCCUUUCCUCUUGGGAAAGAACACAGAAUGGCUUGAUCAAAGUAUCUGCUCUGAUCUCUGUACUGAACUUCCCAGUAUGAUAUUGUGAUGUUUCAUACAAUACAGUGAACAUAACCAACUUGUUACCCUCAAUAAAGGAUUGCUAAAACUG